UCCUCCCUUCGCUUCAUAUCCUUCCAUCCAAAAGUUUUCUCAAAUUGGUUAAUCUGCAACCCUGCUCAUCUCUCUCCGGUGAGCAUCUUCGUCGACUCCGACCUUUAUUACCCAUCUUCCUCUUACGACUAUCUCUGCUAUCUAUCGCUAUGGACUUCACAAAGAAGCGCAAAGCCGACGAAAAUGGCACUGCGAUAAUCCCUACCCUUUCGACCGCCGCCACCUCAACCGCUUUAACCCCACAAGACAUCCGUAAGGUAAUAGACCCUUUCACAAAGGAGCAGCUUCUCGACAUCCUCCAAUCAGCUGCAGUUCAUCACUCCGACGUCCUUGACUCCAUCCGAACAAUUGCCGACGGCGACAUCUCCCUCCGCAAGCUCUUCAUCAGGGGUCUGUCCACCAACACCACCACCGAGACCAUCCGCAAUUUGUUUGCCUCUUACGGCGAGCUUGAGGAGGCCGUCGUAAUUUUCGAUAAGAACACCGGGAAAUCAAAGGGAUUUGGGUUCAUCACAUUUAAACAUGUAGAUGGUGCUUUAAUUGCAUUGAAGGAACCCAGUAAGAAAAUCGACGGCAGGAUGACUGUCACCCAGUUGGCCUCUGCCGGGCUAUCUAAUUCUGGUUCUAGUGGUGGCGAUGUUUGGUCAAGGAAGAUUUAUGUCGGGAAUGUCCCGUAUGAUAUACCUUCAGAGAGAUUGUUAGGGUUUUUCUCGACGUACGGAGAGAUUGAAGAGGGACCUCUAGGGUUUGAUAAGGCGACGGGUAAAUCAAAAGGUUUUGCUUUUAUUAUAUACAAGAAUGAGGAGGGCGCAAAAGCAGCUAUUGCUGAUCCAAUGAAGAUUAUCGAUGGGCAUCAAGUUCUCUGUAAAAUGGCCGUUGAUAACAAAAAAGCUAAGACCGAAGGUGGUGUGGUUGGCGAUAAUGCACAAUCACAGCCGCCUCCACAACCACAGUCUUCAAUGCCUGGAUCUCAGUAUGGUGUUCCAGGUAGUGUGCCACCCUAUGGAGGGUUUUCAGGAAUGGGCAGUAAUGGAUAUGGUUUGAAUUCUUCAUUGCCAGGUCCGAUUGCUGGUGGAGGCUAUGGUGGUCCAUAUGGUGUUUCACAGUAUGGGGGACCAAGUGCUGGUGAAUUUGGUGGACUGAACAACGCUGCCAAUUCAAUGUAUAGGAUACCUCCGAGUUCCGUUGGAAUGCCUUCAGGAGGAUAUCCAGAUGGUGCCCCUUACGGGUUGUCUCAGCAACAUCAGCCAUCAUCAUUGCCCCCUAGAAUUCCACCUGGAGGCAUGUAUCAGGGCAUGCCACCAUAUUAUUGAGGUGUAUGACAGCUUCCUGGCACAAAUGCUUUAAAUGGUUGUCGUGAUUUGGUGAAAUGCAGACAAUGAAAUCUUUGGUUUAAUUAUGUGGACUGCUGUGCUUUUGUUGCUGCUUCACUUCAUCUACUUCCAUAAGUUGUGGUUGGAUUUGUGAUGGAUGCUACUUGAAUUUUAUAAAAGUUAGUUUAGACUCUGAAUCAGUACUUUGUUGGAAGGGUUGUAGAACUUUUUGGUUGUGUGCUGGAAUAUAUUUAUCUUUAGUUAUUAGAAAAUUGUGUUUCCUGCUUACUAGUUUGUGCUUGUGCUUUUCUUGCUGUUACAAGUUUGUAUUUGGCGUGUGAGAUGGUUAGUUCUUGUUGUACGGUUGCUAUUUGCUCCUGUUAAAUGCUCCUGCGAUGGAAAGUUCCUACGCUUUA